AUGUCGUCCUCGAAGCCUGUUUUUCUGUUAGUCAGUGGUGGAUGGCAUCCCCCGGCAGCCUACGACAAGCUUAAGGUUCAGCUUGAAGCCAACGGAUACGAGUAUUACUGUCCACAUCUGCCGUCCCUUGGACCGGCUGCCAGUGGAGUGACGUACGAAGCCGACGUGGAUACGAUCCGGGAAGUUGCGCUUCCACUCUUCGAUCAAGGAAGGGAGGUUAUACUCAUUGCCCACUCUGCGGGCGGUGUUCCGGCUGUCGUGGCAGCUCAGGGCCUCGAAGUCGGCCAGCGUGCCGCGGAGGGUAAGAAAGGGGGCUUCAGGCACAUCAUAUUCCUCGCCGCCGUCAUCAUAUCCACCCGAGGCUCAGAUACCCUCCAAACCCUGGGCGGCUCGUGGCAGCCAGGCCAAGGCGGCGGUGAGCCAUACACUAAAGUUCGUUUGCAAGCCUCCUCCUUCACUUCGAGACGCGCUGAAAAGACACUUUACAGCGACCUGCCGGAAGAAGAGGCCAGAAAAUACUACAACUUAUUCCAGCCCCACUCUCAAGAUGCCUUCGAGACGCCCGUAAACUAUAUCGCGGCAGAUCUUACAAUACCAAAGACAUAUAUAGUCACCGAGAAUGAUAUGGCAUUCCCGGCAUUCGCGCAAAGGGCGCUGGCUGCGACGCUGCCGGAUGUGCAAAUAGAAAGCAUUGAGACGAGCCACAGCCCUUUCGCGAGUCAGCCCGAGAAUUUGGCGGCGAUCCUUGUCAGAAUUGCUGCAACUUCUGAAUGA